GUAGCCCCUAAAUUUAUCUCUGAGACAGACAAUUUAAUGGAUUACUGUACCCGAUUCAGUACAACUCAAAUCCAAGACAAUACUGAGUCUGCACUAAAAAUUAAAGACAAGAACCUUGAUAAUUUUUGGAAUCGAGUCCAGAGCGCAUAUGAUUUAGUAGUAGAGACUGAGGAGCAGGACCUUCCCGAGGACUUCAAAGCCUCCGCUUAUAAUAAAUACAGGUCAUGCCUCAUAACGUAUGAAGAUAUGAAAGCCCAGAUUGGUGAUCAACUCCUGCUUCUUAAUCAAGCAACCAAUACCACGCCUACUCCCAGUAUGUCUCAACCCCAGGAAAACUCUAGCUUCGGCUUAAAGGUCCCACCGUGCGAUACGGAAACAUUUUAUGGGGGUUAUGAGCAAUGGCCGUCUUUUCGUGACAUGUUCACGGCGGUAUAUAUUAAUCACCCGAAACUCACAAAAGCUCAGAAAUCGUACCAUCUCCG